AUGGCGCACUACAUUACGACUCACGAUGCCAAUGGCACCGCAGUGUUCUCCCAAAAAGCUUUCGUCGCGCAAAACACAAUGCCCAUACCGAUUGGUGAUAUCCAAAUUAUUUCUUCCAGCCAUCAUUUCCCUCUGAAUCUCUCAAGUGAAACCGAUAUUGAUCAGUAUCAGCAAGACCGUACCAGUCCGUUUUUUCCAGGAGGUCGUCGUAUAUGCCCCGAUGAUGGCACUGCCACGUGCAUAAUAUCAAUGAAGGGUGGAUCUGAGAGCGCAAUGCACCGAACAAUGACGGUCGAUACUCUGGUGCUCAUCGAAGGAGAGAUGGAGAUCACGCUGGACUCUGGAGAGACGCGAACUCUCAAAGCUGGCGACAGUCUUGUGCAGAGGGCAACGAUGCAUAAAUGGAAGAAUGUUACACCAAACGAUGGGUUGGCAAGAUGGGUCGUUUUCAUCCAGGCUGCUGCUGAACCAUUAAAGUUCGGGGAUAAAAUACUUGGACACGAAUGGGCCCAUUAA